AUUUGAUGUUAUGAAUCAUGCGGGCUAUAAUUUGGUUCCUUCUGGCAUUCAUGCUACAUUACGUGACCUCUAUAAGAAGCAUUAAUACCCAAAAUAGCCAAAUUAAAAGUAGUAGUAGAAUUAAUGAUAAUAAUCACAUCGGAACAGAUAUUUUAUACGCCAGCUCCUUAUUAAAUGCGGUACAUAUUCACAAUACAGAACUUUUGAGUGAUGAUCAGGAGCUUGUGCAAAAUAACGACGGUAUAAUCGACGGUUUUACAUCUGCUAGCUUAAAAUCUGCGCUUUCUGAUAGUAAUGGCGGAAGUUCACCAUCCUUAUCUGCCUCAGCACAAUUCGGUGAUGGAGAAGAUAGCGGAAAAGGAGGUGCUGUUGAUGCCAAAAACUAUAGCAACAUAAUAACUAAUAAUAUUAAUUUUGAUACACCGUUGAAUCAUUUGGUUGUCGACACAUUCACUGGACGGGUAUUUGUGGGUGGUGUCAAUUAUUUAUAUCAACUUUCACCGGAGUUAGAAUUACACGAAACAGUAAAAACCGGCCCAAAAAAUGACUCGGUCGAAUGCACUGUCUUAGAUUGCCCAGCUCAUGCCGUACGCAAGCCUACAGACAAUUAUAACAAGGUGCUGCUGAUCGAUCGUGCUACCUCACGUUUAAUUGCGUGCGGAUCUUUAUUUCAAGGCACGUGCUCUGUGCGUAAUUUGCAAAAUAUUAGCAUUGUCGAACAGGAUGUACCAGAUGCAGUUGUUGCGAAUGAUGCAAACUCAUCCACUGUAGCAUUUAUAGCGCCAGGGCCACCACAACCGUCGAUCACCAACGUCAUGUAUGUAGGUGUCACGUACACAAACAAUUCUCCAUAUCGUAGCGAGAUUCCUGCUGUAGCAUCACGCUCACUCGAAAAAACUAAAAUGUUUCAAAUCGCAUCAUCAGCAGUUACAACGGGCACAAGAACCUUUAUAAAUUCGUACGCCCGAGAAGGCUAUUUAAUAAAUUACGUUUAUGGAUUUAGUUCUGAAAGGUUCUCAUACUUUUUAACGACCCAAUUGAAACACAAUUAUCAUUCUUCGCCGAAAGAGUAUAUAACAAAAGUUGUGCGUAUUUGCCAAGAAGACUCAAACUACUAUUCAUACACAGAAAUCCCAAUUGACUGUAUAACUGGUGGAACUAAAUAUAAUCUAGUUCAGGCUGGUUACUUAGGUAAGCCGAGUAUGGAUUUAGCCGGAAGUCUGGGCAUUACCGUCCAAGAUGACGUUCUCUUCGGAGUAUUUAGUGUUGGAGAUGGAAAUGUAUCUACUGAUAAUUCAGCUUUAUGCAUUUACUCAUUAAAAUCUAUACGGCGAAAAUUUAUGCAGAAUAUCAAAUCUUGCUUUAAUGGCGUUGGCUCUCGCGGUCUGGAUUUUAUAUCACCAAAUAUGUUAUGUGUUCCAACUAAAUUACAAACUAUUGGCGAGGAUUUUUGCGGACUCGACGUGAACUCGCCCUUGGGAGGCGAACAACCCAUUGCCGUCGUACCGGUAGCCAAGUUUGAUACUCGGCUCACAGCAGUUGCGGCUACAAGUACUAGUGGCUAUACGGUAGUUUUCAUCGGCACUGCAAAUGGACAUUUGAAAAAAGUAGUUGUUGAAUCAGUGGAUUCCGCAAAUGAGUAUGCGGAUAUACCAAUAAAAGUGGGUUCUCCUAUUAAUCCAGAUAUGCACUUUGAUAGCCGAAAUCUGUUUAUAUACGUAAUGUCGCUUAAUGAAGUAGCUAAAGUUAAGGUUUAUGAUUGCUCCGACUAUAGAACGUGUGGAGAGUGUUUGGGUGCACGCGAUCCCUAUUGCGGCUGGUGUUCACUUGAAAACAAAUGUAGUCCACGUUCUAGCUGCCAAGAUGAUGCUAAUGACCCUCUCUAUUGGGUUAGUUAUAAAACAGGAAAAUGCACUACAAUUACAAGUGUUGUACCACAUCAACUUCAGCGUACUACAGCAAGAACUUUAGAACUCAUUAUCGACCAUUUGCCGCAAUUGAAAGAAAAUCUUGUUUGCGCAUUUACUACUGAAGAAAAAGCACUUUUUACAAAUGCUACAAAAAAGCGUAAUGGUGUGAAUUGCACAACUCCACGUACAGAUAUGCUACCACAAAUAGAACAGGGAAAACAUCAUUUCACCGCCAAACUAUCCGUACGAACUAAGGAUGGACCAGAUCUUGUUUCCACCGAUUUUACUUUUUUUGAUUGUAGCACACAUUCAUCAUGUACUCGCUGUGUAUCUUCGGAAUUUCCUUGCGAUUGGUGUGUGGAAGCUCAUCGAUGUACACAUGACACUGCUGAAAAUUGUCGCAAUGACAUUCUUGUUACUGGAGUUAGUCGCAUUGGACCUAGCUACCGUUCAGGUCCUGGAUUUUGUCCAACUAUAAACGCCACUGGUGAAGGUAGUGAGAUGCUUGUUGCUGCUGGGACUAGUAAGUCCAUAAAAGUUAAAGUGCAUAUAAUUGGGCAGUUUAUAGUACAAACUCGUUUUGUAUGCCAGUUUAAUAUCGAAGGGCGUGUCACUAGUUUAAACGCACAAUUAUUGGGAGAUACUAUAUAUUGUGACAGUAUGGAGUUCCAAUACACUUCCCGUUCUCCUAAUUUAACUGCAACAUUUGCUGUUAUCUGGGGUGGCUCAAAGCCACUCGAUAACCCUCAUGAUAUUCAUGUUGUGAUAUAUAGAUGUCGUGAUAUGGCUGACAGCUGUGGUAUGUGUUUAGCUUUAUCAGAAAAAUAUAAUUGUGGUUGGUGUUCGUCUACAAAUACGUGUGAAGUUGAAGAACAAUGUAAUAAAAAUAAUGAAGGUAAAACGGAUUGGUUGAAUCGUAUGGAAACUUGCCCCAAUCCUGAAAUUCAUUUAUUUUAUCCAAAAACUGGUCCCUGGGAAGGCGGGACCAACAUUACUAUACGCGGUAUUAAUUUAGGAAAGAAUUUCUCUGAUAUAUAUUCAGGCGUUCGAAUUGCUGGUAUCAGCUGCAUGCCUUUUCCAGAAUACUAUGUUGAUACGAAGGAAAUUGUUUGCAACGUAGAUAGUCCUGGGGUUCAAUUGUAUCGAAGUGGUCGCAUUGUUGUACAAAUUGGUGAUUAUAGGGGUGAAUCUAAAGAGGAUUACGAAUUUGUUGAUCCAAAAAUUACACAUUUUUCUCCACAAUAUGGUCCAGUUUCUGGUGGUACUCACUUAAGGAUAGUGGGAAAAUAUUUAAAUGCCGGAUCCCGAAUUCAAGCAUUUAUAAAUGAACAUCUGCGUUGCGAAAUAAUUAGCGUAGAUGUUACGGAAGCUAUAUGUCGCACCGCACCUUCACCAGGUAUCAUAGAAGGUCGCCUCAAAAUGCUAUUUGACAAUGGACCCCGGGAGUUUAACGAAUAUAAUUUUAAGUAUGUUCUGGAUCCCACUAUAGAUCAAGUGUCGUCAGGUCCUAGUAGCCAACUAAAAGUACCCCGUGGUAUUCCAGCAGGAGGUAUUGAAAUCGCUGUAACCGGAACUCAAUUCAACUAUAUUCAAAGUCCAAGAAUGUACGUAUAUUAUAAAAGUCAAAUAUUUUACAGCCAAUGUAAGGUUCAAUCGGGGACGGAUAUGUUAUGUUAUUCUCCUGUAAUUGAAACAGGCAAUGACAUAUUUGAUGCAGAUAAUCCGGAACUACUAGAAUAUGGCUUUAUUAUGGACAACGUUUUGAGAGUUCAAAAUCUCUCUAGUAAGCAAAAUAAUCAUUUUGAGCUUUAUCCAAAUCCCUUAUAUUACAAUUUCGAAGAGGAUAUAAAAUAUUAUAAAAGUGAAUAUUUAACAAUUAAUGGACGAAAUUUGGAUCGCGCAUGUAAGGAAACGGACGUAGUUGUACGAAUUGGAAAAGGUAUUUGUAACAUAACAUCACUGUCCCGUCAACAAUUAACAUGCCGUCCGCCACCAGAAGUAGCAACAGAAUCGAACAAUGAAUCAGGUCCAGAAGUAGUUGUACGUAUAGGACAUUCUUUGCAAUAUCGCAUUGGGAUAUUGAGUUAUGCAUCACCAAAUUUAAUGCAUGACUUAAGCAAGAAUGUACAGUUAGGUAUCGGAGCGGGUACAGUGGUGAUUCUUUUGAUUUUUGUCGCAUUUCUCGUAGCAUACAAAAAGAAAACUUCUGAAUCAAAUCGCGUUUUGCGUAACAUGCAAGAGCAAAUGGAUAUAUUAGAGCUUCGUGUUGCGGCGGAAUGUAAAGAAGCUUUUGCCGAACUUCAAACUGAAAUGACAGAUCUAACAGGUGAUCUUACUUCUGGGGGAAUACCUUUUUUGGACUAUCGUACAUAUGCUAUGAAAAUUCUUUUUCCAAAUCACGAAGAUCAUAUUGUACUACAAUGGGAACGUCCUGAAUUACUACGGAAAGAAAAAGGAUUGCGCCUUUUUGGUCAACUUAUAAUGAAUAAAACAUUUUUAUUACUUUUUAUUCGAACAUUAGAAUCGAAUCGUUACUUUUCCAUGCGUGAGCGUGUUAACGUCGCUUCUCUUAUAAUGGUAACACUACAAUCAAAGUUGGAAUAUUGCACCGACAUAUUAAAAACGUUGCUUGGUGAUUUAAUUGAAAAAUGUAUUGAAGGGAAAAGUCAUCCAAAACUUCUGUUGCGUCGUACCGAAAGUGUGGCAGAAAAAAUGCUUAGCGCUUGGUUCACUUUUUUGCUAUAUAAGUUCUUAAAAGAAUGUGCUGGCGAACCAUUGUAUAUGCUGUUUAGAGCAGUCAAAGGUCAAGUAGAUAAAGGACCCGUUGACGCGUGUACACACGAGGCCCGUUACUCGCUAAGUGAAGAAAAGCUUAUACGUCAGCUUAUUGAUUUUCGCCCAAUGACGGUAUUCGCUAGUAUUAUACAACAGCCGAUUUUCUGCAAUAGUAUUGAUAUGAUGCCAACACAUACUGAAAAUGUACCCGUCAAGGUCCUUGAUUGUGAUACAAUUGGUCAAGUUAAGGAAAAGUGCUUAGACACAAUAUAUCGUAACAUUCCCUGGAGUCAACGACCGCGAAGAGAUGACUUAGAUUUAGAAUGGCGUACGGGAGCUAGUGGUCGUGUAAUUUUAUAUGAUGAAGAUACAACUUCGAAAACUGAGAGUGAAUGGAAAAAACUCAAUGCACUACAACACUAUAAUGUUCCUGACGGCGCUGGACUGAGCUUAGUACCCAAGCAAAGCUCAAACUACAACUUUUCAAUACUUUCGGACAGAAAUGAAAAGUGCCACAAAUAUGAAACAUUGAAUUUAUCGAAAUAUACAUCUUCCUCACCAACGUUUAGCCGAGCUGGUAGCCCUUUAAAUAAUGACUUACAUGAAAAUGGUAUAAAAUUUUGGCAUUUGGUAAAACACCACGAUAGCGAUAUACAAAAAGAGGGUGAACGUGUCAAUAAGCUGGUGUCGGAGAUAUAUUUAACACGUCUGUUAGCAACCAAAGGAACUUUGCAGAAGUUUGUCGAUGAUCUUUUUGAGACAAUCUUUAGUACGGCACACCGAGGCUCCGCAUUGCCAUUAGCAAUAAAAUAUAUGUUUGACUUUUUGGACGAUCAAGCAUUACUACAUGGAAUAACAGACCACGAAGUUGUGCACACUUGGAAAAGUAAUAGUUUGCCCUUAAGGUUUUGGGUUAAUUUAAUUAAAAAUCCAAAUUUUGUGUUUGACAUACAUAAAUCAAACAUAGUUGAUUCCUGCUUAUCAGUCGUAGCACAGACGUUUAUGGACUCUUGCUCAACAUCAGAUCAUCGCUUAGGUAAAGAUUCCCCGAGCUCGAAAUUGUUGUACGCAAAAGACAUACCGGAAUAUCGCAAAUGGGUUGAAAGAUAUUAUCGUGAUAUAAGAGAAAUGCCAUCGAUCUCCGAUCAAGACAUGAAUGCUAUGUUAGCCGAAGAAUCGAGACUACAUACAACGGAGUUCAAUACAAAUUGUGCCCUCCACGAACUAUAUACUUAUGCUGUAAAAUACAAUGAACAAUUAACUGUAACAUUAGAAGAAGAUGAAUUUUCACAAAAACAGAGACUUGCUUUUAAAUUGGAGCAAGUUCAUAACAUGAUGUCAGGAGAGUAAAAAUGUGUACUGUUUAGAAAUUUACUUUUGUAUGCAAUAUAUAUUUGUUAAGUGUCUUCAAUUCUGUCGAAACAAACAUAUAUGAAAUCAAUUUUAUUCAACAAAAGAGAAAAGAAAGGCAACACAUUUACCAGCUCUUGAUAAGAUUUUGCUUCAUUUAGUAGCACAACGUCAACUAAUUGUAUACAAAUAGCAAGCAAUAAUUUGAAAAAGUCAGUGUGGAUCACAGCAAAAAUACAAAUAGCUAUAUGCUGAACAAUUUGAGGAAGUAAAGUCGUCACUAGAUUUAUAUUGGACAAUUGUAUAAUGUAACUAUUACUUUUUUAAUCUGCGUGUGCAAGAGCUUUGGAAUGUUUUAUCACAGCAACGAAACGUUAUAUGAAAUGUUUUAGUUUCUUCUAUAUUCUCUUAUGCGUACAUUUGUUUCUGAGGAUAUAAUUGGCAAAAGUCUUUAAAGUUUAUUAAUCGAACUAAAUUUUUAACGGCGUUACUUUUUACCAGUAUAUGUAUAUAUAUAUACUUUCCCUCCACGUCAAAUACUAAAUCCAAAUUUUUAAUUAUAACUAAAAUCGCUAAGUCAGCUGGAAAUAAUUGUUAAUGUUUUUUUUUAAAAAGCCCUUGAUCAUUUAUACAUAUUAUUGCAGUUGCAAAAGUAAAAUCGUAAAAUAUACAAAUAUAUAAUUUGCUGAAACUUUUACAAAUCUCAAA